AUGGAUGAUGCCCCCAGGCACUCAAAGACUCUGGCCUCAGGAACCAUGGAUCUUUUGGAGCAAAACCAAAGUAAUCAGUCUUCCAUCACACAAUUUCUUCUCUUGGGAUUCUCAGAGGUUCAUGAGCUGCAGGUUCUACACUUCAUUCUUUUCCUUGUUUACUAUGUGGUAGCAGUUGGAGGAAAUCUUCUCAUCAUCACCGCAGUAUUAACUGACCACCGCUUGCAUAACCCCAUGCACUUCUUUCUGGUGAACCUGGCCAUACAGGAUGUGGGACAAAUUUCAGUCAUUGUCCCUAAAUCCAUGGCAAAUUCCCUCAUGGGUAGCAGACAGAUUUCAUAUUCUGGAUGUGUUGCUCAAGUGCUUUUCUUCCUGUUCUUUGGAGCGUCUGAUUUCUUUCUUCUCACAGUAAUGGCAUAUGAUCGGUAUGUUGCUAUUUGUAAUCCAUUAAAAUAUGAGAUGCUGAUGAACAAGCAAGCCUGCCUUCAAAUGAUUACUAUCGUCUGGCUUAGUAGCUUCCUUUAUGCAGUAUUACACACUGGAGGUACGUUUGCAUCCCCCUUUUGCUCCAACAUUGUCAAUCAAUUUUUCUGUGAAAUACCGCAUUUAAUUAAGCUCACCUGUUCCAACUUGUAUCUAAUUGAAAUUGACCUUCUUUUGUUAACUGCUGUGGCUGUAGUAGGGUGCUUUGUUUUCAUCAUUGUGACUUAUGUGUACAUCUUUAAUGCAGUGGUGAAAAUCCCCUCUGUGCAAGGAAGACAGAAAGCGUUCUCAACUUGCCUUCCCCAUCUUAUUGUGGUUUCCUUAUUGGUACUCACAGGAUGUUCUGUUUACAUUAAGCCCCCCUCUAAUUCUCCAUCAUAUCUUGAUUUAACAAUGACAAUAUUAUAUUCCAUGUUUCCACCAUUGAUGAACCCUAUAAUCUACAGCAUGAGAAACAAGGGAAUAAAAAAUGCUGUAUUCAAGGUUUGGGGUUUAAGAUCUUUUAUCUCUAUGGCAUCCUUUGUGUUCAUUGAGGAACUUCUGGAAUCUCCGUCCACUUUUCUUCCAGAGGGUAAAAAG